GUCACCAUUUGGACGUCACCAACGCCAGCGCAGCAUCACAUGGCGCCUUACGUUGGCCUCGCCGCUUUAUGCGGCCUUUUUAGUAGAAGAAGAAGCGAAGAGCCUAAGCCCAUCAAACGGCGAGCGAGCGUGUGAGAGAGAGACAGUCCCUGCUACCAACCAAACACCUUUGGAAUGGAAACAGUGGGGAACAAUAAACGGGAAUGUAGCGCCUCUGACGAUGAGGAAAGGCCGAAGAGGCCAAGGGAGGAGGAAGGCGAUGAUCGAAAGGUGACGGAUGAGGAGGUGGAGGAGUUCUACGCCAUCCUCCGUCGGAUUCGAGAAGCUUCCAGAGGUUUCGCCGUUAGAAACGGCAACCGAGGAGGUGGAGGUGGAGGACGAGGUGGUGCUGCUAGUUGGAUACCGGCGUUUAGGUUGGAGGACUUCGAGGAGAGUGGCGCCGUUAAAGUUAACGGGACGGAGACACCGACGAACGAGGCGGAGACCAGUGGUGAAGAGAGAAGGAGGUGGACGCAGGUGGCGGAGGGGGAGGGAGUGGCGGAGGACGACGGGAGGGGCCUCGACUCGAACGCGGAGGCGGAUACCCAAGGCGGAGGCCGCUUAAAACGCGAACCGGGAGGUGAUGCUACCGCACCACUUGCGCCUUUGAGCUCGUGAGGAAGUUGCCAUCAUUUUAUCUCUCUUUCUCCACGUGUGAAUCGCUCUACAUUUCCGUAUGGGAAGUAAAAAAAAAACAAAGGGAGAGAGUUUCCUGGAAUAAGAUCUUUACAUCUGUAUGAAUUUUAUGAUCUCAUGGCAGACUUUCUUUCUGGGGACGGGGUUGUAUCUUUCGUGUGAGAGAAUCAUUGGAUCAUAAAUCACACAGCUUUCAAAGCACUCCGAAUUUUCUCCAUUUAUCUGCUUGCACAGAUCUUACUGUAAUUAUUGCGCGAUCAAAAUGGAGUGUGUGGCAAAAAAA